GUAUUUAACAAAUUUUACCGCCGAAUAAAAAAUAUCCACCAGCUAAAGGAAGUGACAUCCAGUUUUAUUUAUUUAAAAUGCCAUAACAACAAACACCAAUAAAUUGAGAUUUUCGCCAAAAGAGGAAGGAUCGUCGAAAGAAGCAACGAAAAGAAAUGGGAAGUAAAACAUAUACAUAUGUAGGUAUGUAUGUAUGUGUGUGUGUGCUUAAGCCGCAAACCGCAUUGUUUAACCACCACUGUGAGAUAGUUUAUCAUCCCACGCAUUUGUUUUAAGUCAUUCAGGCGACUAUGGGUAAAAUAAGAGGGCUAUAAAAUGAAUUAUAAAAUAAUUGAUUUUAAAAUAUUGAAAAUUAGACAAUAACAUCACCAGAAGAAAGAACCCAUUUGUCGUCAAAAUUCAAAUGGACGAGAUGUUGGUGAGAUGUCCGGGGUCACAAGAAAUCUGAAUUGGGUGAACUAGCUAACGGUUAAUUUUUUCAAAUAUAGUGAUAUUUCAAAUGAUUUUGAAAUUUUGUAGCCGAAUUGACUGUAAUUUUGAUAUGUUGGAUUCUUAUAAUUCCUUACGACACUGGACAUUAAGUAUUUUAAAUGGGAAUAUAUGAAAUAUUUGAGAACUAAAGAUAUCAAAUAGCAGUUGAUUACCUUGGAAACUUUUGUGAAAACCUCGAAAAUCAAGUAUCAAGUGUAUCGGAUCGGUUCAAAAAAACAGUUCAACAUAAAUUACAAAUUUCAGAACUGAUAAGCCGGAAUUCGAACAAGCGCCACAGAAAAAGUGUGAAACAAACACAAAUCGUUUAUUAAUCGAGAGACACCCUAGCGGGACAGACAUAGCAAGCAAACAGAUAGUAAGAGUGUGCCAAUUUGUUAUUGGAAGAAAAAAAAAAAAAACAAGACACAAAUAAUAAAAAAUGAAAAUAUGCUUAUUAGCUGCCUUCCUUCUAAGCAUUGCGGCUCAAGUCUACAGUAUAUCAUCCAAAGAAUUCACACUUGAAUAUAUACAACACACCCUAAAUUCCAGCAAUGAAGAGGAAAAUUUCGCCAUAGCUCCCUUUGCCGCCUUCGAGCUAUACAAAGACCUAUUUGAAUCCACAUCGAUUUACGGGUUUCGCCCCCAAACCGACAGCUAUGAUGACCCCCAUCUGCCGAAAGCCAUUCUCAAACAUGAGUUUAAAAAUGAAACCUAUGUCGAACAAAAUAUUACCAUGAAAGCACGUUGGACGUUCAAUUUUCAAACACGUGAUACGAGCAAGAGGCCCUUCCAUCAAUUGGAUUCCGGCGAUCGCACAUAUUUGGUGGAUAAUCUACGUAAAGACGACGUCUUUCGUUAUGCUUUUCUGUCGGAGUUAAAUGCCAGUGUUUUGGAAUUACCAUUGCAUUUGAAUGAAAUAAAACUGCUGGUGAUUUUGCCGCAAGAAGAAAACGGUCUGGAAGAAUUGAAAGAUAAUCUAUUGGAGAAUAUAGAUAUGGUGGAUUAUAUUAGUAAGACACAGUUUAGCAUGACAUUGGUUCGUGUAAUGUUGCCGAAAUUCUCACUGGAAGAUGAACAGAAUUUAAUGGAGUUUUAUGAUGAGAUUUCUGACCAGGACAUUAGUGAAUACGACACUAUACAGCAGACCAUCAAACUGAAAUUUAAGGAACAUGGAAUUGGUGAUUUCGAAAAAAUUACUGUUUUAUUUUGGAAUGCCUAUUCUUAUCUGAGGAUUACGCCGGAAGUUGUGGACAUAAGUCAUCCGUUUCUCUUUAUGAUAACCAACAAAGAUGGCAUACAGUUCUUCGGGCAAGUGGUGAAAUGUUGACAUUUUAUUUAAAUCAAUUGCAUAUGGUUUGCUAAAUAGUAGAAAUUACAAUUGUAUACUUAUUUAAGUUUAAAUUAAGCUAGUUAUUAGACAAUAAAAAACAUUGCA